AUGGCGCCCAACGCCAAGAGCCAAAAGGCCUUGUUCGACGACAGCGAAGACGAGUCCGAUGGCGGCGCACAGCUCAAGGUCAACGACGAGUACGCCCAGCGAUUUGAGUACAACAAGAAGCGCGAAGAGCGCCACAGACUAGAAGAAAAGUACAAGGGCCAGGCCAACGGCAGGGCCGGGGAGGAGGACGACGAUGACGAUUCCUCGGAUGACGAGACCGAGGACGAGGAUGGCUAUCUCGCCACCGAAGAGCUCGAUGCUGAGCUGAACGCCACCCUCGAGGCCAUCCGUAACAAGGACCCCCGCAUAUACGACGGCAAGACCAGCUUCUACACUCCUGCUGAGGCCGCAGCCGCCGCAGCCGCCGCCGCCGCCGCCCAGCCCCAACCCAAGAAGGAGAAGCCUGUGUACCUGCAAGACUAUCACCGCGAGAGGAUUCUGGCCGGUGACAUCGGCUCAGAUGACGACGAGGAUAAGCCCCGGACCUAUGCGCAAGAACAAGGCGACCUCCAGAAGUCUAUCGUCGAUGAGAUCCAGGCACAGAUCAAGAAUGAGGGAGCAGCCGGAGAAAAGGACGACGAUGGCGACGACAACUUCAUCAAACCCAAGAAGGGAGAGGCAGCACGCGUCAAGGCCGAGCUCCACGACGGCAUGCAUCCCUCCCGGGCCGCCAACGUGAAGAAGUCCAAGUCCAGGCCCGCGGUGAAGCUCGACGUCGCGAACGCCGACAAGGAUCCUCAGCUUUACUUGUCCAAUUUCUUGGCUGCUCGUGCCUGGGUCGAGCCCACGCAAAACAAGUGGCAAGCAUUCGAGUCGGAUGACGAGGAAGAACCCGACAAGGCCGACGAAUGGGAGGUUGCAUAUAACCUGCGCUUCGAGGAUCCCAGCAAGAGCAACGAGGUUCUGAAGUCUUAUGCAAGAGACGUGGCCGCUGCCAAGUCAGUCCGUCGCGACGAGAAGACGGCCCGACAGAAGAAGCGAGACGCCGAGCGUGAGAGCAAGGAGGCUGAGAAGCAGGAACGUCGGGAGGAGCGCGCCCGCCUGCGCAAGCUCAAGAUCGAGGAGGCUGAGACCAGGCUCAAGCAGAUCAAGAAGGCCGCUGGCCUUUCCGGCAAGGACCUGAAGGACGAGGACUGGGUGCGCUUCCUUGAUGAUGCAUGGGAUGAUAACAAAUGGGAGGAGGAGAUGAACAAGAGAUUCGGCGAGCAAUACUAUGCAGAAGGAGAAGGUCCUUCUGACGACGACGAUGAUGAAGCUGGCGGCAAAAAGCGCAAGAUCAAGAAGCCGAAGUGGGAUGAUGAUAUCGAUAUCAAGGAUCUAAUCCCUGAUUUCGAGGACGAAGAACAACCGAAGGUCACCCUUUCAGACGUGGAAGAGGGCACUGAAGAAGGGGGAGAGGAGGAGGACGACGACGACGAAGACGGCCCAUCCCGCAAACGCCAGAAGACCUCCAAGGAUCGCAAGAAGGAGCGUUUGGCAAGCCAAAAGGAGGCUCGACAGGAGCGUUCCAAGAUCGAAGCGCUCGUCGACGCCAAGAUGGACCUGGAUGACCCGGACGUUCUCGCCGGCUCUUCCAAGGCCAAGGACCAGUCCAAGUUCGCAUACCGCGAGACGUGGCCGGCAUCGUAUGGUCUAACGGCCACGGAUAUUCUGAUGGCCCCAUCUGAUGCCGCCCUCAACGAGUUCGUCGGCCUAAAGAAACUGGCCCAUUUCCGACCUGAUGACAAGAGAGCCAAGGACAAGAAGAGGCUAGGCAAGAAGGCCCGUUUACGGCAGUGGCGUAAGGACAACUUCGGUGCCGAGGCCGAGAGGGAGGGCCCGGCGUUCGCGUUUGGAGGCGAUGCGCCUACGGGGGGCAAAGAUCAGGCUGAGGCUGAGAACGAUGUCAUCGAGGGCAAGUCGAAGAAGCGCAAGAAGCGGUCUGGGCGAGGCAAGAACAAGGAGGAUGCUUGA